AUGACUCUUUUUCCUGUACUAUCUGUCCUCGCCAUCCUAUUCUCCGUCGUCGACGCCAAGGGCGCCUCUGCCUGUAAGUCGGCGGUCAAGGCUGCGACGAGAAAUGUCCAGUCGCGUGUGUAUAUCACGUCCUCCUUUGGUGACGCUGGAACUAUCACGGCGUGGUCUGGUGGUGGAGGCCCCGUAUCGACGAUUCCGACCGAUAAUGGACAUCCGUUUGGCGGGCGCAAGUACGGAGGGGCGGAUAGGUCGACCAUUUAUGGGAGCAGAGUCUAUGGGAGUGGAUAUCCAUCUGGAUACGACGGCUCUGGUUCGUCUACCUCGAAUAAUAAUGUAACAACAACUGCAACGACCGGCCGUGGAUUCCCAUACGGAAUGUGGCCUAUAUCGUGGAACCAAGACGAAUAUUUCUCUCAAGACGUUCUCGCACUCCGACCGGGUGGCCAACUCGUCAGUGCCCAGGUUGGGUCGACGGAUACAAACAAGUGGCCUGGUCUACCGCGCGAGGAGAGGUAUACCAUUGUCGGGGACAUGGAUUCUGUCAUGUUUAUGAUGUCCAAUCUCGUCGGAUGGUGCUCUGUAACGAUGGACUGGCCCAAAACACUCGGAUCCUCUGCUGGAUUAGGUGAACAGAAUGUGAUCCAGUAUUACCGCGCGAGCUCCUUUGCGCUCCUGUUUACUGGCUACAAUGCGACAUCGACGGCGAGUAAUGCAGAGGCGUUUCCCCCGCUGCCGGCGUCGAUUGCCAACUCGGCAUUCCUGCAGUGUGUCAAUCAUACGAUAGGUGACUCUAUCCCUAUCCUGGACUCGGCUGCAUCAGGUGAUGGCGGUCUGAGUGAAGGUGCGACUAUUGGCGUCGUAAUUGCAUGUGUGGUCGGUGCAGUUGCUCUUAUAUUGUGUAUUGGACGCGCAUUGGACAAGUGGCCAGAAUGGAAGGAGUCUAUUAAAAGCUGGUGGAAAAGGAUAGCACCAGCAGCAGCUAAUGCGUAA